UAUAAGUUUAUUUGCGGUCGUCACCAAUGCAAAGAAAAGGAACCACAUGCGUUAGAGUGUUGUCAACUCAAGAAGAAGAAUGAUUCUAAGGAACAGAACAAGAAGCUAGCGGAUGCUAUAUAUACUAUAGAUGUUCUCUGGCCAUACAUACAAAAUGCAAAAAUUGACGACGUAUCAAUCGAGAAAUUUGCUAAUUGGGUGGCAGAAUACGCCACAACCCAUGGCCUAAACAAGCAAUACAUAACUAAUGGAAAUUUACUACGUUGGUAUAAAAUUAUACUUUGGAAAUGGCAAAAAGAAGAGACGGUGAAGUAUAUCCGAGAUAAAAUUAAUAAAGCAAACAAAAUUACAAACUCAAAAAAUGUCGCUAAGGAUGCUUUGGUAAACAGCUUGUUCAUUUAUUACUUUAUUCUUUUCAUUGCCUAUGAUUAUAUUCUUAAUGAAAAUGCUGGGCCAGUGUCCACAAAUGGACUCGAGGAAAAUUUAUCACAUUGCUCUGAGUCUUCCUCUAUAAUCGUAUCCGGUGACUCAAGCCUUCAAGAUCAUCAAGAAGCAUCCGAAAUUUUUAACUUUGCCGGCUUUAAGGAUACAAAGAUUGAUAACAAUCCUAUUAUCGAUCUUAUACUUCAGCAUAACCUAAAUUGUGUUGCACAUAACGAUCCAAUACGAUCUGCCCAUCCAUUAUCAAGGAAGAUGGCAGAAUGGUUUUUCGAGAUUUAUAAACGAUCAAAUUUUACUUCUCACCAUUUCGAAAGGCCAGAGUUUCUGACAUCUAAGGAGGGGCAUUUGGCGGUGCAAAUUGCGUCUACCAUACAAUUAUCCGUGAAUCAUUAUCAAAAAACGGGUAUGAAUUCUCAAUCAGUAAAUUCUGAAGCUACCUGGGUAAAUUUCGUGGAAACCCUGCUAAAAGGUAUUAUUAAUCGCAUUAAAAAUCUGGUAUAUGAAAACACUUUAAGUACAACCGUGGAUUAUCUUGACUAUCAAAAGGAGAAUGGAGAAAUCUGCAAAAUUAAGCCAGAUGGGACUAUAUAUUUUGUUAUCCCCGAAAUGCAUUUUCCAAUUGGAUUCCUUGAAGGUCAGAAGCCGUACCUGCCAAACGCAACAAAAAAAUCACAGACCGAUGCAGAAAAGCUACAAAGGGAGAUUAAAUUGGCGCACGAUUCUCUUUUGAGAGACAUACAAAGCAAAUAUUCAGCUCGGAUUUCGAAAGAAGUCGCUAAAAAAAUAUUUGAAAUUCCAUUCAUCACAUCUCAAAUAACUGGUGAAUAUUUUGAAAGUCUACAUUUAUUAUUGAACAAUUUAUCAACUGAAUGUUUCUUUGUAGGUUCUGAAGCAAUAAUCUCAGUCUCAGAUCGAACGCUUCAUCCAAUAUUGACAACGUGGGUAUUAUGCCGGUUCCGUAUUGAUUUUCACAAGUUAGAAAGGAUAAACGAUAUUCAGAAAAUUUUUUCGGGAAUAUUCGUAUUGCAGGAAUUGUUUGAAAAAAUAGAUACGAGUUGGAAUGAAUUUUUGGCUGAUGCUCCUCAGCUACUACCAAAAAAACGCUACAAUUUGUCAACAGGAAUCAUCCCAUUUUAUCAUUAUGCUCUGGGAGAAUAUGACUCUCUUGAGUAUGAUUACCAAUUAUCACAAAACAGAUAA